AUGAGGCUGUUUAUUUCCGUUAUUUUGUUGUGUUAUACACUCCAUGAGGCUAUUGCUGGGUUCGAAGGUGGCCAGGAUCAUUCUCCUAUCCUACCUAGGAGACUUACAGAUCACUUCGGAAGGGAGUUCUCUGCUCCGGUUUCAAAUGCGAAUAGUCCAUUCGCUGAUGAGUCAACAUUUGUUGAAGUUUAUGAAGCACCCUUGGUGAAGAAGUCUGAGGUUGUAGACGAAGUGUUGAACAAGACUUCGGAGAUAGGUGCCCCCUCAGAAUCUGAUCCGGAGACUCCAGCAAUUCCAGCUGCUCAACAAGGAUCAUCACAGAUUUUCGGUGAUCUACAUGAGUCUUUUACAGAGGUUUCGGAACUCACCCAUUUUACGCAAGAGUCAACUCUGGAGACUUCAGACGCGAUACGUGGCUCUGAUCCAGAGACUUCAGCCCCUCCAGAAAAUCUAUCUGCUGCUCAAGCUCAGGAAGCUAGAAACGAUGCAGUGGGUGGGGAUGAUCCUGAUGCUACACAAGCCCCAGAUGCCGCAAACGAUACAUAUGCUGGUCAUACUCAAAGCGGUAUCACGGAGGAACAACCGCUUACAAAUUCAAUUACAGGCGAUGAGGAAUUUUCAGGAACUCCGGUAUUCAAUGAAGCAAUAUCGCAAUUGACUGAACCCGGAAUAACAAGACGGGUACCGGUUACACUAACAGAUUUGGACGGUUUAGUGACUGUUAGUUCAGAAGAUCAAGUUCUUUCUACCGUUGUUACAGAGGUAGAUGGCACAGUUACAGUUUACGUCACUUGGUGUCCAAUUACUGAUGAGACUUACGCCACAUAUUCGGAACCUUACAUCGGUGAUCCAAUUGAAACAACGCAAGUGCCUGUCACUGUAACAGAUCCUAAUGGUGAAGUUACGGUGACUUCAGAAACUCAAUUCCUAUCUACCGUUAUCACAGAAGUAGAUGGCACAGUUACAAUUUACACAACUUGGUGUCCACUCACAGAGGAGACUCAAACGACACAUCCCGAAUCUUAUAUUGGUAAUUCGAUUGAAACAAUAGCGGUCCCAGUUAUUCAAGCUUAUCCUGAUGAUCUAUUUACAGAAACUUCAGAAUCUCAAUUCCGUCCUACUGUUACCAUAGAAACUGAUAUUAUCGUUUCCUCUUACAUCAUCGUGUGUUUGGUGACACCGGAGCCAAUUCCUGUCAUUUCGGAAUCUGAGAUCAUCGACGUAUUUACUGAUAAUGAAGAUACAACAACCAGUACAAGGACCAUUACAGUUACGAUUACGGAAAUACAGACGCCGAUCACUGUCAGCGACACACAAGUUUUUAUAUCUUCACCACUGAAUUCCAAUUACGAAUCUUCAAUAUACACUACAUGGUACCCUGACACAGAUCCGGAUUUUCCCUCGUCAACAACAGAUGAAUCUUUCUCCGAGUCACCUUCAAAGCAGACACCAUCAAUAGAAUCUGUACAAUAUACUCCAGAGACAGAUUUCCCAGAGCCAACGUUUAAUCCACCUGCCGAUGUGCCGUCUGUAACUAUUACAUCCGAUGUGCCGUCUGUAAUUAGUCCAUCCGACGUGCCAUCUGUAAUUAGUCCAUCCGAUGUGCCAUCUGUAGCUAGUCCAUCCGAUGUGCCAUCUGUAACUAGUCCAUCCGAUGAUUUAUGGUCAACACCUCCUACACUGGACACUGACGUUAUUGGUUCAGGAACCGACUUAGAUGACUCAACUACAGCGCCAUCAAGUCCUCCAAAUAUCCCCGAGGUGACACCCCUUCCUUAUGAAUUUCCCUCCAGUCAACUUUCUGAUCCCUUCGUGGAUAAUUCAACGUCGGAACAACCUACGCCAACUCCGCAAUCAACUAUAACCUCUAAACUGACGACCUACGUGGUUAUAAGAUCAACGCAGACUGUCUCAAUUGAGGUGUUUACUUCAGAUAUUUUAAUAGAUAACGAAAUUAGCAUGUCAUUUAUGUUUCCAAGCAGUUCGGUUUCGACAAUUUCGACAAUGGUUGCCGCAGGUGAUGCAUUAUUUGAACGCUCUAUUGUACUUCGCGCUGUUGCAGUACUAGCAUUGUGGCUAUUUUAA